GAGCCGUUCGGCACUCAGGGAAGGGGCGACUACUUUGAACAGUACGGCAUCAUCCGGGAUGUCGUCCAAAAUCAUUUGCUUCAAGUGCUGACACUCGUGGCCAUUGAAAAGCCCGAGUCGAUGGACUCCAACAAAAUACGCGACGAAAAGGUAAAACUGUUGAAAAGUAUGGCCGACUUAGCGGUGGAGGACAUUGUGUUGGGUCAGUACGUGGCUAACCCUAAGGGCGUGGGUGAGGCCAAUACGAGUUAUACGGAUGACCCCAAAGUACCCAAAAACUCGACGGCGUCCACAUACUCGGUGGUUGUGCUCAAGAUUAACAACGAUCGCUGGAAAGGCGUCCCAUUUUUCAUCAAAUCAGGAAAGGCUACCGAUGAGAGUCGGGUGGAGGUUAGGGUUCAGUACAAGUCGUUGGAUAAAGACUUGUUUGGCGGCCAAUCCAAGCGAGAUAUGACUAUAUUCCGGGUCCAACCCAACGAAGCCGUGUACCAGAGGGUCAACAUUAAGAGGCCCGGUAUGGACAGCGAUCUGAUCGAAACGGAACUGGACCUCUCGUAUGCCUCCAGAUUCUACGUAUGUAUUAUAUAUAGUCAACCCAUACAUCAACUGUAUGCUAAUAACCGAGUGAACGCCUGUUCCCCACAGAAUGCCUACCUUCCGGACGCCUACGAGCGGCUACUGAUGGACGUGUUUAACGGCAUUCAGACAAACUUCGUGCGAACUGAUGAGUUGGCUGAGGCCUGGCGUGUGUUCACUCCCGCCCUCCACGCCAUCGAUAAGGAGAAGAAGAUGCCCGUCAAGUAUGUGUUCGGCGCCCAGACAUUCAAGGAGGCCGACGCUCUCGAGGAAAAGUAUGGGCUCACCCGCGAAAACUUUUAG